UAUAGAAAAACAUGGCACAUGCAGAUGUGUAUAAAAACAUAUAUUUGACCUAUCGAAGUGUGUACUUCACAUUUGGCAUCACUUGUAACUUGAUUAUUCCCUUCCAUUACAUACUAUUGAAAUGCAGGAGCUAAUAAGCAACCAGAAUAUAAUUUUGUAGGUAAAGGCAAGAGGGCUGGAACCGGGUCGGGUUACAUUUUGGAAGGACACUUGUCGAAAUCCCGGCGCUUACGAUUCAGGGAUUGCCACGGAGGAACUCGAAAGUCGUGUAAGUUGAAAUCGGACGGUUAUAAGAUGGUGUGGCGUUUCGGUUCCCGCCUUGUUGAGUUUUCUUCUUCCUGGAGAUGUGUGGGAGGGCGCGCUGUACUCUCAGAGCCGACGACGUUUCUAGGGCUUGCUACCGCAACCAUGGCGCCGUUCGUACGAUUAACAUGGACCGGUAUCGGCCGUCGUAUAAUGUGUCGCCGGGAGCGGAUUUGCCGGUCGUGCGUAGAGGAGAUGGUGAAGACGGCGUUGUUCUUCAUUGCAUGAAAUGGGGACUGAUUCCGAGUUUCACCAAGAAAACGGAGAAGCCUGAUCAUUACAGGAUGUUCAAUGCUCGCUCUGAGUCCAUUUGUGAAAAGGCUUCUUUUCGUCGUCUAGUCCCUAAAAACCGCUGCCUAGUUGCUGUAGAAGGAUUUUAUGAAUGGAAAAAAGAUGGUUCUAAGAAACAGCCUUACUAUGUCCAUUUUAAGGAUGCUCGGCCUCUUCCGUUUGCUGCUCUUUAUGAUUCGUGGGAGAACUCUGAAGGUGAGAAACUUUAUACCUUCACUAUCAUUACAACUUCUUCAUCUUCAGCUUUGGCGUGGCUCCAUGACAGGAUGCCAGUUAUUUUGGGUGACAAGGAAUCUAUUGAUACAUGGCUUAAUGAUUCUUCAUCUUCCAAUUUUGACAAGUUACUUAAACCAUAUGAAGGGUCUGAUUUGGUAUGGUACCCGGUAACACCAGCAAUGGGUAAGGUGUCUUUUAAUGGGCCAGAGUGCAGCAAUGAGAUACAGUUGAAGACAGAGGGCAUUAACUCAAUCACAAAAUUUUUCUCAACAAAGGGAACCAAAAAAGAAGAGCUAAAGCCAAAUGAUACAAGUUCUCAUGACUCAUCUGUGAAGACUGAUUUUCCAGAAAGCAUAAAAAAAGAACCUGAAUGCACAGAGGACAGGGUGCAACCAUCCUUGACUGUGAAAUGUGAAGAAGAUUCAAAAAGUAGUGUCUCUACAUUCUCUCAAGAGGAGGCAUCUAAGGGGCAGACGAAGCGGGACUAUGAAGAGUUCUUAGCUGAUUCUAAACCGGUUCUUAAUAAAGCUGAUAAGAUUUCUAGUGCUAGUCCAGCAAAGAAGAAGGUCAACCUGAAGACUUCUCAAGAUAAGCAACCUACACUAUUUUCAUACUUUGGGAAAAGCUAGUUUUGUUUGCAUCAACUUCAAACUUUCUUCGUCCACGCUUCAUAUGUGUAUGGACAUGGCUGAUGAUUUUGUUAGGUAGAAAGACAGAUAUGAAGUUGCUGUUUUGCAGUCAACCUACAGUCGGUACUGUGUAAUCUCCUAUGUUUCCCCAUCUUUUGCGGCUAGGCAGUGUAGUGAUCCUUUCUGUUGUAUCGAACUUGUAUCUGAACGUCUGAUUGUACUGCAUCCACAAUAUAGAUGACUUCUGUGGUCGGAUUUUGUGCAAUGCAUAUAAACACAGAGAUCGUGAUGUUCAU